CGAAGUUGUUUCUUGAAUUUAGUCAUUUUAUCUGCACAUAAAGUGACGUGUAAAACUUCCUAUAUUAAGGAAUUAGCCCCACAAAAACGGUCUAAAUAGUUUGCUGAUGAAUUAAAUAUCAGCUGGACACGCUUUGUGACAAGAGGGGCCAAGAGGAAGCAAUAAUCAACCAUCUUUCUUCUGCCAGCAAAUGCAAUAACAAGAAAGACAGAGGGUCCAAGUAGAGCUGUACUUUGAAAUUAAUUGUCUGUAUCAUACAUUUCAUAGACUUAACGAAGCUUUUGGAAUUCUACCCGACACAGCUUUGGAACCCUAAUCGUUCAUCCACGGCACACCUUGGGGGUUAGGAAUAGAAGACUGGCUACUAGAAUUUGUAUUCCCUUUUUUCAUGUUUCCAACAGGUUUACCUUCCCCUAAUCCCCCACCGCCAACCCAAGAGGCUAGACCAGCAGCUUCUGAUGUCAAUAUCGACAGCAGUAUCACGCCUUCGAAGAAGAGGAAAAUAAUCAGUUCAGAGAGGGAAGACAUUGGUUCAAUUUCUUCAUCUCCCAAAACCAUUAAUUCCUCUUCUUCAUCCUGCUCUUCCACUUCGCAACACAUCCAAAAGAAGUUAAGGUUUGAAGAUUCUGUAGAUUUCAUUGGUCUUGAUGUGAAAAUGGCUGAGGAAUCGUCUUCGUCUGCAUCAUGCUCAAAGACGAAAAAUGUGUUCCUGACUGGUGGUGUUGGACACCAUGCAAACGGACUGACGAAAGCUGCAGGCUCCACCACUUUCUCCAACAGCAAACCUGGGGCUGCAAAAAAACUAGUCAUCAAGAACUUCAAAGAUAAGCCCAAAUUGCCUGAGAACUACACUCAAGAAACUUGGCAAAAGCUAAAGGAGGCUGUGGAGGCCAUUCAGAAUAGCACUUCAAUCAAGUACAAUCUAGAAGAGCUCUAUCAGGCUGUUGAGAACCUCUGCUCCCAUAAGAUAGCUGCCAAGCUCUACAAACAGCUGAGGGUCGUGUGUGAAGACCACAUAAAGGCACAGAUUGAUCAGUUCAGAGAGGAUGCUUUAGACAGUGUGCUCUUUCUGAAAAAAAUAGACAAGUGCUGGCAAGAUCACUGCCGACAAAUGAUCAUGAUCAGAAGUAUAUUCUUGUUUUUGGACCGCACCUAUGUUUUGCAAAAUUCAAUGCUGCCAUCCAUCUGGGACAUGGGCCUGGAGUUGUUUAGAUUCUACAUCAUCAGUGACUUUAAGGUUCAAAGUAAGACCAUCGAUGGGAUCCUGCUGCUGAUCGAGAGGGAGCGCAGUGGCGAGGCCAUCGACCGCAGCCUGCUGAGGAGCCUAUUGAACAUGCUCUCUGACCUUCAGAUUUAUCAGGACUCCUUUGAGCAGCGUUUUCUGGAGGAGACGAAUCGUCUGUACGCGGCCGAGGGACAGAGGCUGAUGCAGGAGAGAGAGGUGCCAGAGUAUCUCCAUCAUGUUAACAAGCGCCUAGAGGAGGAGGCCGACAGGGUCAUCACAUACCUAGACCAGAGCACACAAAAACCUCUCAUAGCCACUGUAGAAAAGCAGCUGCUGGGUGAACAUCUCACUGCAACUCUUCAGAAAGGUUUGAACCACCUGCUGGAUGAGAACAGAAUCCAGGACUUGUCUUUGCUGUAUCAGCUCUUCAGUCGGGUGCGGGGGGGUGUGCAAGUACUGCUACAGCACUGGAUAGAGUACAUCAAGGCCUUUGGAAGCACAAUCGUCAUAAACCCUGAGAAGGACAAGACAAUGGUGCAGGAGCUGCUUGACUUCAAAGAUAAAGUGGAUCACAUCAUUGACACCUGCUUUAUGAAAAAUGAAAAAUUUGUCAACGCCAUGAAAGAAGCCUUCGAAACCUUCAUCAACAAACGGCCAAACAAACCUGCUGAGCUCAUAGCAAAGCAUGUGGACUCAAAGUUGAGGGCUGGGAACAAGGAAGCAACAGAUGAGGAGCUGGAGAAGAUGCUUGACAAGAUCAUGAUCAUAUUCAGAUUCAUCUAUGGUAAAGAUGUUUUCGAGGCCUUUUACAAGAAAGACCUGGCCAAGAGGUUGUUGGUGGGAAAGAGUGCCUCUGUCGACGCUGAGAAGUCUAUGCUGUCUAAGCUCAAACAUGAAUGUGGAGCAGCAUUCACCAGCAAGCUGGAAGGCAUGUUCAAGGACAUGGAGCUUUCAAAGGACAUAAUGGUGCAAUUUAAGCAGUAUAUGCAGUGUCAAAAUAUUCCAGGUAACAUUGAGCUUACUGUAAACAUUCUCACCAUGGGUUACUGGCCAACUUAUGUGCCAAUGGAGGUCCACCUGCCCGCAGAGAUGGUACGACUGCAAGAAAUCUUCAAGACUUUCUAUCUAGGCAAGCAUAGUGGGAGGAAGUUGCAGUGGCAGUCAACGCUAGGCCACUGUGUUUUAAAAGCUGAAUUCAAAGAGGGAAAAAAAGAGCUUCAGGUGUCCCUGUUUCAAACACUUGUUCUGCUGAUGUUUAAUGAAGGAGAGGAGUUCACUCUGGAAGAGAUCAAACUGGCUACAGGAAUUGAGGACAGCGAGCUACGACGGACCCUGCAGUCAUUGGCCUGUGGGAAGGCUCGAGUCCUCACCAAACUCCCCAAGAGCAAAGACGUGGAGGACGGCGACAAGUUCUCCUGCAACGAUGACUUCAAACACAAGCUCUUCAGGAUCAAGAUCAACCAGAUCCAGAUGAAAGAAACGGUGGAGGAGCAAGCCAGCACCACGGAAAGAGUCUUCCAAGACCGGCAAUACCAGAUAGACGCUGCCAUCGUCCGAAUUAUGAAGAUGAGGAAGACUCUGAGCCAUAACCUCUUAGUGUCUGAAGUGUAUAACCAACUCAAGUUCCCCGUCAAGCCUGCUGACUUGAAGAAGAGGAUAGAGUCACUUAUUGACAGGGACUAUAUGGAGCGAGACAAGGAGAACCCCAACCAGUAUAACUAUGUGGCUUAAAAGAGAGAGAGAGAGAGAAUGAUGGUGUGAAAGAAAGAUCAACGGGGCAGGGUCCAGUCAAGCUGAAGGCUUCUGAGUGCUUGGUCUCCAGCCCUUUACUCCAGUGGAUGUUACCAUUACCCUCUUCAACACAGCGGCCGACAAGUGAAUGGAUACUGCUCCACAGUACAUUGUCAGGGGUCUUGUUUUCCGGUGGACUGCAUGCCCAUUUAAAAGAAGAUGUCCAAGUUUUACAGCUCCACUCAGAGAAAGUUGUACUAUUCUGGACAGAAAAGGCAAACCAUUGUUGAUUUUUUUUUUUUUUUACUACAGAGAAAAAAAUAUUUAUUUUCAAACUAGAUCUUUGUUCAUUGUUUGUUCAUGGCAUUCUGCUCCUUGUUUUUAAGUCAUGUCUUUCUUUCACUGUGUAUUCCAUACCUACGAUCACAAGCCUAGCAUUGCUUAUACCACACAUUGUAGAAAAUGAUGUUGUUUUCAAUACAAAUGGAACAUCUUGGGGGGGGGGGGAAACAUUCACAGUAGUGUUUUGCCUAAUUGUGUCACGUCAGUGUCAAAUAUGUUCAACUGCAGCAGAGUUGAUGCAUCUCUUGUGGCUAUGUACAGUAUCUUAUCAAUCAAAGAUUGCGUGGGAGGAUUGGUAGGUGAUCUGGGGUAAUGACAUUAUGUGCCAAAAAGAGCACUUCUUUUGUCAUAAGAAUUGUUAAUGCUGCUAAACACUUUACUUGUACCUGUAUGCAUUUUGAUUUCCAUUUCAUGUUUUUUUCUUUUUGUAUAUACAAUACAUUUUAAAUAUCACCUUUAACAGGAACCUUUAGGUAAUUUUGCUAAUCCUAGAAAGAAUAAACUGAAAGCACAGCAACAUCAGUCCCCCGUUUAUCUUGUUAUCAAGUAAGGUCUCAUUUAAGUUACAAGCAUUAUAAUCAUUGUGGCAGGCCUUGUUUUAACUGUUUACCGAGAAAUCAUGCUUGACUGGACUUUUUGCCCUGUGUGAAUACGUUUGUUUAUUGCUUCACAAUAAAAUAACUGUCAAUG